UUGAUAUUUCCAGGCGUACCACUUCCUACACGCAUUUCAAUAAAACCUGAUCGAACAUACGACUUGGAGAUUUGUACACCAACAACCUCAUGGCUGUUGAAGCAGGCAGCUGGAAUUGCGAGAGGAAAACAGAAUCCUGGUACCUUCACAUUCAAUACACCUGCCUUUGUUUUCUUUUUUCUGCCUGUACAUGAUAUGCAGCAGAUAGUAAAGCAAUGCCGAACGUUAGGCAUUCAAGUACAGCGGGAAGAUUUGGACCCGGUAGAACUCAAGCAGUUCCUUGAUAAACGACGUGAGGCAGUAGCAGAGCAGCUGAAGGCACUUGCGGAUAAAAAAGCGGCAAAGAUGUUGCGAACUGCUUAG